GGAGAGAGGUCGACGCCGUUUAAGCCUCCUCCGCGUUCUUAGCUUCCCGUUCAUCGUCGGAGAACAAGUGAACCGUUGAACUCGCCUUCUUCUUAGGAUCUCCGUUUCAAGAACCAGUUUUUUUGUGAACAUUUUGGAAAGAGAGAGAAAUAAGAGAACGAAAGAAAAAAGGGCUGGCAUUGAGAUCUCCAACUCGCCCCCUUUUUCGGUCUCUUUUCUCCGUUUUGAUUUUGAUUUUGAAAACUCUCCGUUCCCGCGGCCUUUUGCAUGGUGCUGCGAGGCCCCCACAAGUCGGAGAUCAUGGCGGACUAUCUUGAUAUGUGGCAGGACAUAGAGACGGUGCUGCUCGGAGACAUCAAGCAGUCGACCACAGAGGCAGCCACCUCGCCCUUCACGCCCACAAACACGCAGCAAGUGCAGCCGCCCCCGCCCCGCCGCCCACGUCCGCACAGCCCCCCAACCCGCAGGCGACGCCCCCUCAGACCCUCCUUCCGCCCUCGCCUUCGUCAGCGUCCGCCCUGCCCCCUGCGCCCCCGCCCAGGUCACGUCGGCCAGCCACCACCAGCACCACCUCAGCGGCACAGUGCCAGCCGCGUCCUCGUGCCACCCGGAGCCCGCACGCUUCGCCGCCGUCAGGAGAGACGUACCCGGCGUCGGUGGGCGCGCACUACCCGCCUCCGUCGCCGUACCCGAUCCACCAGUGGCGGAUCAAGAGCGAGUACGUGGGCGGGGGAGCAGAUCGUGCCGGAGGCCAGCUGGGACUACAAGGAGGGCGCCUACUGGACGGAGUACUACCCCGCCAACGACCCGUCCGCCAUGCAGCAGUACGGCUACUUCCCCUCCACCCCCCCGUACCCGGCCGACCUCUAUCCUUCCCCGGGGUCGGCGCCCCCUGCGUACCAGCCCUCCCUGCCCACCAGCUCCGCCAACCCCCUGCUGACCCCUCCGUCCUCCCCGUCCCUCCUGGCGGGGCAAGUGCCAGGCGGCAUGGCGGGCGCGGUGCCCCCCAACUGCCUCCCCGUGUCGCUCCCGCACGGCUUCCCGACGAUGCCGCCGCAGCAGGCGCCGACGAAGCCCAAGACGCGCCGCCGCAGGACCUGGACGCGCCGCAAGGCCAUCGUGCACACCUGCUCGCACAACGGCUGCGCCAAGACGUACGCCAAGUCCUCGCACCUGAAGGCGCACAUGAGGACGCACACGGGCGAGAAGCCGUACACGUGCGACUGGAAGGGCUGCGGCUGGCGCUUCGCGCGCUCCGACGAGCUCACGCGCCACUACCGCAAGCACACGGGCGACCGGCCCUUCCAGUGCCGCCUGUGCGAGCGCGCCUUCUCGCGCUCCGACCACCUCAGCCUCCACAUGAAGCGCCACAUGGCGCUCUGAGCGGCGCGAGUCCGGGUCGAAGGCUCAAGUGGGACCUCCGAGUGCCGAUUCCGUCUCCGUUGCUCGCGGCGCCGACCAGAGUGCCUAAACACGAGUGCCUAACCUUUAACAGCGUCCUCACCAAGU